AUGGCUCCUAAGAAGGUGGCUCCGCCACCAAACACCACCAUCGAGGGCUACGACGUGAAGGAGACGCGCAUCCUCGCGGCUGCAUUCGUUUCCUCUCUCGGCGCCGAUAAGUACAACUGGCCGCUCUUCGCCACGCUCACUGGCUUCACCGAAGGCUCGCUCAAGAAGUUCUGGCCUCCAGUGAAGAACAAGGCACUCGAGCAGCAUGAGAGCUUCGGCACCUUCCUCAAGGGCGGCGCUGCUCCCGCCAAAGCUGCAGGCGGCAAGAAGCGCAAGGCUGCCAAUGCCGACGCGGAUGCCGACCUCGAUCCCAAGAUCUCCUCCGCUGACGCCAUUAAUGGUAAGGCACCUGAGGCUAAGUCCAAAAAGGCUCCCUCGAAGAAGCGCGGCAAGAAGGCGAAGACCGAGGAAGAUGACGAGGAGAAGGUCAAGGUGGGGGACGACUCCGUUGAUGGCGGCGACGGUCUUGGUGAGUUUGUCUACAAGAAGCACGUGCUGGAUUGGUCGGAGAGUACUGACGGGACUGCAGAAGAGGCCUAA